GGAGUCAGACGAGGCCGAGCCUGACGGGAACGCGUGGCGUUUGCCCGUCUGGCGAGGCGCCCCCGCUCCGGCUCCGCCGUUGCCCCCCGUCACGGGAUUCGCUCGGACCACACGUAACAGUUGCGUACGCCCCCGCCACGGGGUUCCGUCCCGUCCCGUCCCCCGUUGGCCCUUGCCUCGCUGUCCCGCACGUGGUCGCUCCCCCCGCCUCCGCCUCUUCCUCGCCGACGCCAGGGCCCCACUCCACGUCUCCCCACCUGUCAGAGAGGCUGACACGUCCCAUGCGGGGCCUACCGUCUCCCGCAGGCGCCUGGCUCUCCUCCGCCUCCUCUACUUUAGCAGUACCCCCCGGCGCUAGCCGCUAACACAACACCGCUCGUGUACUGCCGCUACUCUAAUUAGUCUACUUGACCACUGCAGCUCGCUGGUGAGGGAUUCCGUUAGGGGUGGUGGUGGACGGGUGGGAGAGUGAGAGUAGUAGAGAGCGUCGUAGACAGACAGACAGGGACGCCAGCCCGCGGCGUGUGGUGGCAUUGUUCGAGGGGUCGGCAGCUGUGCGGUGGGAGGGAGAGGCCGGGAAUGGACGAGGAGGAGCUGGCGAUGGCGAUGGCGGCGGCGAGCUCCGAGUGCAGCAGCGGCUGCCAGUCCGGCUGGACCACCUACCUCGACGACCACAGUUCCUCCUACUCCUGCGGCACCGAGCGGUUCCAUCACGGCAAGGCGCGGCAGCCGUACUACUGCGACUACUCGGAGGAGGAGGACCUGUCGAUGAUCUCCGACGCCUCCUCCGGCCCGCGCCAGCAGAGCUCCGCCGGCGGCAACGACGUCGAAGGUGGUGGCGCCGCCGCGGCGGUGCACGCCAGUAAUGCGGAGAGGAGAGGGAGGCGGGAGGAGACGACCGCCGCGGCGAGGCGGCAGAGCAAGAGGGCCGCCGCCGCGUCCCUGCUCGAGGACACGGCCAGCUCACCGGCCUUCUUUGGCUACUCCAAGGCGAUGAGCUCGGGGGAGGCCAAUGGCUAUGGCGGCGCCGAUGAUGCCCAUAUGGCAGAGAUCCGCAAUGCCGCUGACUUCUCCUACGCCUUCUCCACCACGACGGGAUUCAAGUCUCCCUUGGAUGGAGCUGCUUUGAGCGGCUACAUGCAAAUGCAGUACCCCCCGGCUCCCGUCAAGCCGAUGCCAAGAAGACAGCAGGUGUGCAGAGAUGCGUCGGAGAAGAAGAGGUGGUGAUUACUGCCGCGUGUUGUGUUGAUCGAAGGUGGUGACUGCCGAUGCCGGUUGGAGUGAAGAAUGUCCGUGGCUUGCUCGGCGGCUCUGUUCUGUCCUUGUCCCUGUAACCAUAGGAGAUGGCAGGCAGGCAGAGGCAGGCAGGCUCGACGAGUGCGUCUGCAAAUCUUCUCCAGAUCUCCAAGAGAUCUUCCAUUGCGUUGCGUCCAUUUAAUCCCCACCUGCUUUGCUUGGCCACCUCUCUCUCCAUGUCCCUUGUGUGUGUUUCCACUGUGCGUGGCUCUCUGCGCCUGUUUGGGCUGUUGUUCCUCCUCCCUAUCUGCGCCUGUUAGUCUCCCGCUUUUUAGCUGUCAUUGCAGUGGGAAACAACAACCUGAGGCAAAACAAAAAACAAAAACAUGCGCGCCGACGUGAAAUCCCUUUUGCA